GCAAUGUUGUAAAAGUCUGCUGUCUUGCCCGUUUUGCAACGCAGUUCACCGGUACACUUAGCUCGCAGGUGCUUAGUAAAAAUGGGGUUCGCAGAUAUUUUAGAUGAGAUCGGGGGUUUCGGUCGCUUCCAGAUGAUUCACGUCGCACUGUUAUCCAUUCCCGGUCUCCUUAUGGCCAGCCAAAAUCUACUAAACAAUUUCACAGCCGGUACUCCGGGGCACCACUGCAAGAUACCUAACCGGACCUCUCUAGCUCUCGGACAGAACAUAUCAGCAUCAGAUCUGAGCGACAAAGAGGUGCUACAGGCGUUCAUCCCGGUAGCGGAGGGGUCCGGGCUGUCAAAGUGCACCAGAUACACCGAAGCGCAGUGGCACCUUGUCAGGGGCAAUGUGAGCGGCACCUGGACUCGAACCAAUGUUACAGACGCGGAAACGGAGACGUGCCAAGACGGCUGGAUCUACGAUAAGACCGAGUUUCAGGCUACUAUAGUUUCAGAGUGGGAUCUGGUAUGCACUCUCCGGCCUCUCAAGCAGAUGAGUCAGACCAUUUAUAUGGGGGGUGUCCUUGCUGGAGCCAUCAUUUUUGGGGGACUGUCAGACAGGUUUGGCCGCAGAGCGCUGCUGAUCUGGUCCUACUUCCAGCUGGCCACCCUGGGCACCUGCACGGCAUUCUCACCUUCCUACCUCGCUUACUGCAUCUUCCGCUUCCUGACAGGCAUGGCGGUGUCAGGAAUCAUUCUCAAUGCUGUCUCCUUAAAGGUGGAAUGGAUUCCCACCAAGUCCCGGACCUUGGUAGGAACCCUGUCCUCCUUUUUCUUCACCUUUGGCCAAAUGAUUCUGGCGGGCCUGGCCUACACCCUCCGGGACUGGCGCAAGCUGCAGAUGGCUGUGUGCUCCCCCUUCUUCAUCUUCUUCAUCUACAGCUGGUGGUAUUCCGAGUCGGCUCGCUGGUUGUUGCUGAGCCGGCGGCCAGACGAGGCCCUCAAACAUAUCCAUCGUGUGGCGAGGAUUAAUGGAAAACCAGAGUUGGCACGAAAAAUCACUGUAGAGAUGCUGGAGUCACAUAUGCACAAGGAGGUCCAGUCCAGCAAGAAAAUCUACACCGUUUAUGACCUGCUGCGCACUCCAGUGAUGAGGCAGAUAUCCAUCUGUCUGAUGGUGGUCUGGUUCUCCACCAGCUUCGCCUAUUAUGGGCUGGCAAUGGACCUGCAGAAGUUUGGCGUCAGCAUCUACCUGAUCCAGGUGAUCUUCGGCGCCGUGGACUUCCCGGCCAAGCUGGUGGCCCUUGGGACCCUGAGCUUCUUCGGUCGCCGCGUGACUCAGUCUAGCUGCCUGGUCCUGUCGGCUGCUGUUAUCUUCGCCAACAUCUUCGUCCCUGCAGAAAUGCAGACCAUACGCACCACCUUGGCCGUGCUGGGAAAGGGGUUCACCUCAGCUUCCUUUACCUGCAUUUACCUCUUCACCGGAGAGCUGUACCCCACUGUCGUCAGGCAGACAGGGAUGGGCCUCACCUCCACCAUGGCCCGCGUGGGCUCCAUGGCAGCACCCGCCGUGCUGAUUCUGGAUGAGGUCCUGCCGGCUCUACCCAGUAUCGUGUACGGCGGCUCGGCACUGGUGGCAGGCAUCUUCGCCAUCUUCCUGCCUGAAACCCUCAACGUGCCACUACCAGACACAAUUGAGGAUGUGGAAGAGAAGUGGGCCAAGCAGAAGGGAAAAUCUACCCAGGAACCAGCAGAAAAGGAGUGGGCACUUCUGCCCGAGGUGAAGGACGGCUUGGAGCUUGUGGAUGGGAAAACGAUCGGGCUGAAUGCUCUGUGAGAGAAUGCGAAUGAAAGUUACGCACACAUACGCUGGCUGAUUGAACCCCGUAGCGGCAAUGUAACGCACUGUAGGAAAAGGAAUCAGAGCACCAAUCGGAGCACUGCGUAUCCCAAGGGCGUAGAUCUGGGUAUGCAUUGAAGGGUUCGGGGCUGAUUUGGUCCCCACCAAUACUGAAUCAAACCUACGUCCUUGGGGUGUCGCACGGGCACCUGAACAGCGAGAGCGGCCAGCGACACUCAAGUACACACAACACGACUGUACGCGUGUUGGCCACACAGGCAGUGAGUCACUGGGCUCGACCGCAGUGUGUCCAACACAUGCAGGCUGCAUUUUCACGUUCCGUGCUUAAUUAUAAUUAACAAAUUAUUUGUACUAUUUGUAUUUGUAUCAACAUAAUAAAUGAUGAAUCAGA